AUGGCACCGGCACAACAAAACGUCGACGUAUGCGACGGAGGAGGUGCGAAUAUGAGACUUACACCAAAGAGUUUUAAAGGCUCAAGUGACACAAAACUAUGCGAAAACAACAAUCCAGUAUUACAAGAAGACAGUGCAAGUGAGAAAUUUAAUAGUGAUAAAGACUUUGACGUAAGCCAAUAUGAAGCUAUGGAAUUUAGGGCAAGAAUAAGGUGGCCGGAUUUAAUAGUGCAAAUAUUUCUUCACGUAACUACAAUGUAUGGAUUAUUUCUUAUUUGCACAAACAGUGUCAAAUUCUACACCACUUUGUUUGUAUUUGCGACAAUUUACACAUCGGGAUUCGGAGUUACCGCCGGCGUGCACAGACUCUGGUCGCAUAGAGCAUACAAAGCGCGAACGCCUUUGAGAGUCCUUCUUGCGUUUCUUUUCACUAUUACCGGACAGCGCGACAUUUACACGUGGGCGUUGGACCAUCGAGUACAUCACAAGUAUUCGGAGACCGUAGCAGAUCCGCACGAUGUUCGCCGUGGUUUUUGGUUUGCUCACGUGGGCUGGCUGGUACUCACUCCACACCCGGCAGUGGAAAACCGUCGUGCCGCGCUUCGACUGACUUCGUUUGACCUCCUUGCUGAUCCCGUUGUGAGGAUUCAAAAAAGAUUCUUUAUUCCACUCUUUGCAUUACUUAAUGUGAUACUGCCUAUAUGGAUUCCUGUUUAUUGCUGGAAUGAGAGUCUGAUUAACAGUUUUGUAGUAAGCUUCGUCACCAGAUUUACACUAAACUUGAACAUUGCCUUUAGUGUGAACAGCUUUGCACAUUUAUGGGGGAAUAGACCUUAUGACAGGUUCAUUAAGCCUUCGGAAAAUAAACUAGUCAGUAUAGCUGCCCUAGGAGAGGGCUGGCAUAACUAUCAUCACGUGUUCCCGUGGGAUUACAGAACAUCGGAACUGGGUCGAUUCAACAUAUCGACAAAUUUCAUAGAUGCAUUUGCCAAAAUAGGAUGGGCUCAUGACUUAAAAGCUGCCACUUCAUCAAUGAUCAUAAACAGAGCCCUCCGAAGCGGUGAUGGAACACUGGAAGAAGAACCGGAUCCAAAUUUUAAGACAACAUAA